UAUAAUCAUAAUAGACAAGGUUAUUACAAGCAGAACUGCAGUCGAUAGGUGGCGAUAGCAUAACGCUAAAAUCGACACCAUCGAAGAAGACAGAAUGUCAGUUGACUUAAGUGCGGACAAGUAAGAAGCUGUUGUCUUGAGAGUGUAAAGAUGCAGACGCCUGCAGAAUCAAUUCUCCACAGUGGCUACUUCCACCCAACCCUACGAUACUGGCAGACCUGCAUUGCCGAUUUAAGACCUGACAAUCUUAUCUACCCAAUCUUUGUUACAGAUGGUGCAGAUGCAGUAGAGCCCAUCGGCAGCCUGCCGGGACAGGCCAGAUAUGGAGUGAACAAGCUGGAGGGAAUGUUGCGUCCACUUGUGGAUAACGGCCUGAAAUGUGUGCUGAUUUUUGGUGUCCCGGCAAAAAUAGCAAAGGAUGAGAGGGGUUCAGGCGCCGACACCAACGAUACACCGGCGGUACUGGCAGUCAAGAAAAUCCGAUCUUUGUUCCCGGAGCUGCUGGUGGCGUGCGACGUCUGUCUGUGUCCCUACACGUCACAUGGACACUGUGGCAUCCUGAAUGAUGAUGGCACACUGAACAAUGAUGCCAGCUGUCUGCGUUUGGCUGAAGUAGCGCUGGCGUACGCUCGUGCUGGUUGUCACAUCAUCGCUCCCUCUGAUAUGAUGGAUGGAAGAGUUAGAGCCAUUAAACAAGCACUGAUUUCCAACGGUUUGGGAAAUAAGGUUUCAGUGCUGAGCUACAGUGCAAAGUUUGCUUCUUGCUAUUAUGGUCCCUUCAGGGAUGCCGCACAGUCGAAGCCUGCAUUCGGGGACAGACGCUGCUAUCAGCUGCCUCCUGGCGCGCGAGGGCUCGCCAUCAGAGCUGUGGAGCGAGAUGUGAGAGAAGGUGCGGACAUGCUGAUGGUGAAGCCGGGUCUGCCAUAUCUUGACAUCAUGAGGGAAGUCAAAGACAAAUUCCCCACUCACCCCUUGGCAGUGUACAAUGUGUCUGGGGAGUUUGCUAUGAUAUGGCAUGGCGCACAGGCUGGAGCGUUUGACUUGAAAGCGGCCGUGAUGGAGGCCAUGACAGCGUUCCGCAGGGCAGGCGCUGACAUCAUCAUCACCUACUACACACCUCAGCUGCUCACCUGGCUGAAGGAGUGAAGAGAGAUGAUCUGGACCAGAACAGAGGUGGACCAACUGACAGGGCAUGCUCGCUAAAAACCCCUUUAAGGGGGAAAAAAUGAAUAAAAGACACAAAUUGUUUCGUUUUGUGCCUUUUUCUAUUGUUUAUGAUCAGUGUCAUGAUAGCAACUGAAAUGGCAAACCGCACAUGUAUCCACUAAUUAUUUUUAAAGCGAGUUCAGUAUCAUACAUACCUGUCUGAGCUUAUCAGGGGCUGAUAUAGAGCCGAACGCUGAGAGUGUAAAAGCAGAUUUUUCAUUGUGACUUCUGGGUGUGUAGGAUCAGCGUUAACUAAAGUCAGUUAUCUCUACUAAUAAUAUAUCUGUAUGAAUCAUCCUAAAAUGUCUGAUAUAUGUGAAGUAUUUCCAGAGAAAAUAAAGUCAUUCACUCGGAUCUGUAA